AUGGCGCCGCAAAGCCCUCCGCGGAUGGGUUCGCCCAUCCAGGACGAUAAUUUCCCCGCGAGACCGGCGAGUAUCGUGUCCUCGCGGAUGACCGACAUUGCAUCCGACGAUGGAGAGGAACCUCAAAUUCAACAAUCUCGCCCGGCUCAGCGACGGAGUCUUGUGCCAUCCGAAUCACGCCCCGGUACAGCGAGAACAGGCGUCUCGUCCAAGAGCAAUCGACCCCACCCCCAGCAGCUGAGAAACAACUACCUCACCGGUGUCGCCGCGCAGAGGGCAGUGUGGGCGGCGGCAGUAUCGCGACCCCACAUCCCCCUCACACGAGACCCCCGUAGCGAUGACGGCUCCUUUGUUGCGCCACCCUCGCCUGGCACCGAGGUGACGGGUGUGGAUAGGACGGCCAACACCAGCCCGACCCAAGGCCACCAUACUACCCAUGGAAGUAUAUCCGAGAGCAUGCGACCUCUACAAAAGAAGAAGUUUGAGAAUCAAAACCUCAAUAUCAGCGUGGACAAGAGCUAUGCCGAGCGGUCGUCUAGCAUCGCCGGUGUUCUCAAGUCCCCUCGCUCUUUCCGCUCCAGCUUUCUUCUGCCCGCUAUCCUCGGGUGCUUCCACCCCCGCGCUGAUGCUGCUCGUCGCGGGGCGGCCACCGAAGCCAAGGCACCCCAGCCCCAACCGAGCCGCAUUGGCAAAGUAUUCGAGUACUUUGAGGGCAAUACCAUCUUCUGCUUUGGUGGGAGGUGGCAGAAUUCGAGACAACGACCUGUCAACGUCGCUACCGGAAUGCUUGUCGUUGCGCCUACCGUCCUCUUCUUCGUGUUUUCGGCCGAGUACUUGUGGAAAGAAGUAUCGCCCGCUAUUCCCAUUACCUUUGCCUACCUGGCGUACAUCUGUCUUUCGUCAUUCAUCCAUGCCUCCGUUACUGACCCUGGCAUCCUUCCUCGUAAUAUUCACCGUUUCCCUACCCCGGAGGAUGAUGAUCCACUUCGAGUUGGCCCUCCCACGACGGAUUGGUACCUGAUUCGGUCCACGGAUAAGUCAUCUGCCGCCAUGGAAGUUCCUGUCUGGCACUGCCGUACUUGCAACAUUUGGCGCCCACCUCGCGCGCAUCACUGCCGGUUAUGUGAUAAUUGUGUAGAGACCCAGGAUCACCAUUGCGUGUGGCUCAACAAUUGCGUGGGCCGUCGAAACUACCGUUACUUCUUCACCUUUGUCACCAGCACGACGCUCCUAGGCGCCUAUCUCGCGGCGGCUAGUCUCGUCCAGGUUCUGACCUACCGGAACAGGCAAAGUAUAUCUUUCAGCCAGGCCAUCGACCACUUCCGGGUUCCCUUUGCCAUGGUCAUCUAUGGCAUUGUCGGCCUCAUGUACCCUCUCGCCUUGAUGGGCUAUCACAUCUUCCUCAUGGCUCGCGGCGAGACAACGCGGGAGUACAUCAACUCACACAAGUUUGUCAAGACCGAGCGCUAUAGGGCGUUUAACCAAAGAAAUUGGUUCAAGAACUGGAUCGUUGUCCUUUGCCGGCCUCGGCCCCCGACUUACUACCGUUUCAAGAGCAAGUACGCCUUGGGCGACCAACGACUGAGCGAGCACAGGGGUCGGAAGGCUCGCAAGGACGCGACCAAUGCUAUGGAAAUGGAGAAUGUGAAGCCAGCGUAUGCUAGCUUCCAAGGGCCUAAUUCAUUACGGAGCCAACGGAGUCAGCAACUCAACAAUUAA